AUAAAUUUAUUCUUGUGAUAAAUUAUGAUGAUGAAGAGUCAGUUAAAGCAAUAAAAGAAAGUGAUAUGAAAAAAGAAAAUCAUGAGAUUGAACAAAUCAGAAAAGAAAGUUUACUUCUUCAGAAAAAGAAUGAACUCCUCAAACAAGAAAAUGAUCGCCUCAGGCAAAAGAAUGAAUGA